UUUUCACUUUUUUUUCUAAAUCUGUCCUUAACAGCACUGCAUGUACAGUUUUCAUUUAGGAGAUUGUCUGAUAUAUGUCCGGAUUGCUACUUUAGUUUUCUUUCUGUUUCCAUAGUUUAUAUCAAAAUAUCCCUCUAGAGCACACUGUUAUAUAUUGACAACAUGACUAAUGAAUUUGACUCUUAUCUGAACUCAAUGAAAGAAGAACUUGUCAUUCUGAGGCAUUGACAUGUUCCUUUACACACAUAAUUAAUUUUGAGAAAUAAAGUAAGGAUUUUGAGAGAAAAACUGAUCCAUAGUGUUUAGCCUGACCAGAUCUCUUUACAGUGAAGUUCAGAUCGCUGGUGUCAGUUUGUUUCAUUCCCACAGUUAGUUCAAUUUAUCAGUAGUGCAAAAAAAGAUCAAAAAUAAAAAAAUGUUUUGACAUACACAAACAAUCAUAUUUGUGAUGCUAAUAUUAUUCCUAGAAGCUUAAGUUCUGUGUAUUUUUAAACAGGACCCAGCAGGUUUCUACCGGUUUUACCUGUAGGGGUGGGGGGGAGUGUUUAUUUUCUGUUUCCCCUUCCCUGAAUACUUUCAGAGAUCCAAUCAGCCGUUUUAUGUGACAUACUCCCACACACUGAUAUAGUCGUCAGUCCAGUUUUCUGACCCUGUUUUUAGAAACUCCUCACAGUAGCAGAGUAGGAAAUCUCAUUUCAUCUCAAUCAUUCAGAGCAAGGUGUGACAGACAGCUGUUUUGUGUAGUGGCUCCUGAAGCUGAAGUGUGGACUGAGCUGUAAACACCUGACCAGUAGUUUGAGGGAAGAUCGAAAGAAUCUGGGGUAAUCUACAUAAGAAUAAGACUUUCCGGUUGACCAGAAUCCUUUCCCGUCUCCCAUCUGCAGCUGUGAGGCCUCAGCAUCUCCACCAUGCCUGUUGCUUAUAGGAAUCAGCACUAUGCUGAGCUGAAGCGGCAGCACAACAAAGAGAGGCUGUUUGAAGAUCCAGAGUUCCCAGCAACCAUUUCAUCUAUUUAUUACCAGGACCCCCCUGAAGGAGUAGAAGUUGUAGAGUGGAAACGACCAGGGGAAAUAUGUGAAAACCCACACCUCUUUGUAGAGGGCAUCAGCUCUCGUGACUUGAACCAGGGGAGUGAGGGGAACUGCUGGAUGGUUGCUGCCUGUGCCUGCCUGGCGUUAAGGCAAGAUCUCUGGGAGAAAGUAAUUCCUGACUGGAAGGAGCAGGAGUGGGAUUCAAACUAUGCUGGGAUUUUCCACUUCCGGUUCUGGAUCUUCGGUGAGUGGAUAGACGUGGUGAUAGACGACCGGCUGCCGACAAGCAACGGACAACUCAUCUACUGUCAGUCAAAACAAAACAAUGAGUUCUGGAGCGCCCUGCUGGAGAAAGCCUACGCCAAGCUCUUUGGCUGCUAUGAGUCCCUGGAUGGAGGCAACACUGGAGACGCUGUGGUGGAUUUCAGUGGAGCCGUGGCAGAAUCCAUCGACCUGCAGGAAGAAAAGUACAACACAGAUAAAAAAAAACAAGUUAAGUUGUUUGAAAAUCUUCUCAAGGUGUGGGAACGCAAAGGAAUCAUCAGCACCUCCAUCAAUACACAAGGAUUUGAACUCGAGUCAAGGACGGAGACCGGGCUGGUGCGAGGCCAUGCGUACUCGGUAACCGACGUGAAACGAGUGCAUUUGGGCCACCAGCUGCAGGCCUACUUCAAGAAUGAAACCAUUGCACUCAUCCGCCUGAGAAAUCCCUGGGGUAAAACUGAGUGGACAGGAGCGUGGAGUGACAGUUCUGAAGAAUGGUCAAAAGUCGAUGACACAGAAAGAGGCAACCUAGGCAUCACAGUGGCGGACGAUGGAGAGUUUUGGAUGUCAUUCACAGACUGGUGCAAGAACUUCACUGAUGUGGAUAUUUGCCAUCUAAUGAACACCUCACUGAUCAGCAUCCAGAAGAACUGGAAUGAGGAAGUGAACUUUGGGAAAUGGACUCAAAACAGCGACCCCCUGCUGAACCGCUGUGGUGGUUGUGCUAACAACAAGGAGACAUUUCUGCAGAACCCACAGUACUUGUUUGAUGUCACCAAAGAAUCUGACGAGGUCCUGAUCUCACUGCAGCAGAAAGACAGAAGGAUCUACAGGAAAGAAGGUCAAGGAGACAACCUAGACAUCGGCUUCAGGGUCGUAAAGGUGGAGGUGAACAGGAAGUAUCGUCUGCACAACAUGGAGACGCUAAAAACUAUGCACAAGUCCACCUUCACACCUGCUCGUAUGGUGUUCAUGAGAUGUGAGCUGCCACAGGGCCGAUAUGUCGUCAUCCCGACCACCUUCGACGCUUUCAUAGAAGGAGAGUUCAUGCUCCGGCUUUACACGGAUGUGGACUCUGGCUGCCGGGAGCUAGUGAAGGACAAACCACAGACUACAUGUUGGACUCCACUUUUUGGAUAUCCUCAAGUUGUUACCCACAUAUACGUGGACAGAGCUGAGAUCGGUCAGCAAGGAGACCAGGCAGAGGGCAUAAACCCAUAUUUGAUCAUUUCCUGCGAGAGCCAAUCAGUGAAGUCCGUUGCCAAGAAGAACUCUUUGACGCCGGCUUUUGAAUUUAGCGCCAUUUUCUACAGGAAGAAGGUUUCAGAGCCCCUAACAGUGCAGUUGUGGAGCGAUGACCUUGGAUCGGACAAAUUCUUAGGGCAGGUCAUGCUGUCCGGGAGGCCUGAUGACGUCUCUCACCCUCAGCAGCUCCAGCUGAAGAAUAAAGGCAGUAAGAAGGAAGACAAUAUGCCUGGAAAAAUCACCCUGAGGAUCCUCACUUCAAACGAGCUGACAGCCUUAUAAUGAGACAUUUGAAACAUACAGUAUCUGACUUAAGAGUCAUCAAUGAACUGAAACAGUUGAGUUAAUUUUUUAGAAAGUUAGGAGGAAACAAGAUGCUUCCGACCAGAUUUUGAGUUAAUUUUUUGAUUUCUUAUUAUUCUUAUUAAACAUGAGUAACCUUACGUUUAAUAUCGGAGCAAAAUGUAGAGAAACUCCACUAUUAGUUUAUAAAUCUAGAACAAAUUAAGGAAGUACCACCAACUUUAUAGAAUCAGACAUGGAGAACCAACAUUUAGCUUUAUGUUGUACAAAUCCAGAACUCAACCCAGAACAACUGGUACCAACAUUUAGUUUUGUACCUCAAUAAUCUUACCAAACACGGAGAACCAACAUCUAUUUUUAUCAGAACAAGAAUCCAGAGAAACCCCUACCAGUUUAUAUGGACGACUUAUUCUUACUCUUAUUAAACGUGGAGCCAAUAUGUAGUUUUAUACUUUUCAGUUCUUGUCUUUCUUUUGGUUUUGUUGUUUUGUUUGUAUUUUCUUCUAAUUCACGUAAAGCAUUUUGAUCUGCCUUGAUGCUGAAAGUGGGAUAUAAAAAAUUACUUUGCCUUCUUUUUAUAAACAUGCUCUAGUUUGACUACUAUGUAUUUUUGUUUUUGGAAAUAAUUUCUUCAUGAAACUAUACUGUGAAUAAAACUGAAGUCCAUGACAUUAAAACUUGAUGCAAAUACGUCAUUAUCCAUUAAAAAAUAUCCAUGCAUCAUCGUUUGUAUCGCUUUUGCCAACAAAGCAGGUGAUGCUUUGUUGGUAAAAUUAUGUAGGUAUGACAACUUAAAAAUAAAUGUAUUCUCCAGACUCUUGUUUUUCCUCCUCUUUUUAUUUUCAGUCCAGUUCCCAAACUGCAAUAUUUUGUAUUUUUACACUCAAGACACAGCCAUGCACGAUUCAAAGUUCAAAAUGUCUAUUGCUUCAACCACAGUUAAAAAUAGUUUAUCCAAAACCUCAUUUCUCUCCCUCGAUUCUUGCUUGUCCUUUUUUUUCCUUUUUUUUUUUUCAAAGACAGGGAAAGGUCUGCCAAGGUACGCCGGAUAGAUCAGCAGUUUUACAAAGCUAGACAGUAAUAAGAGUAAUAAUAAUAAUAAUAAUAAUAAAGAUAAUAAUUUAAAAAGUAACAUUUUUUGUCUUUGUUCCAUUCUCUUGAUACACAUUAAUAGAGGAAUUUUUCACACCACGUGUACAGGUUUACACAUUCAGAAGAUAGGAAUGUACAGGAGCAACCACAGAAAAGUGGGAAGGAUGGGAUGUGGGUGUGGGUGGGCACGUCAGUGGUGUCUCCUGUCCCGAAGUUCACCUUUGUGCUCAUUGUUCAGACCUGUACAAGGGUUAGAAAGGCCAAAACGUCGCAGGGAGGCUUUCCGAUGGGCCACACGCAGCGACACAGAGGAGGAAGAGGAGCACAGCCGCGCUCGGCCUGGACUGACUGUGUGGGCCUGCACACAGAGAGCGGGGAUCAGCGGCUCGCUCCACAGAUGAAGAACUGUCUGCUAUAGAGACUCCCCCAAAAAAAAAAUAAAAAAAUAAAAAAUCAGAGAGAGGCGGAUCCGGGAGUGUGCAGAGACGGUGUGUGAGUUGGACUUUCUCUGGUUUUUUGGUUAUUGUUUUUUUUUUUUCCAAUUCCCAGGGUGCAGGACAUUUAUCGGUACCAUACGAGUCACCUGAAUUAUUAUCAGCUUAAGUUACACAGGUCUGGGGAAAAAAAAAAAAACAAAA